UUUCAUUUUCCAGUGUCAGCUGUGACUCUAGACUGUAACUCAAAUUCAGAUUUCAGAUAUUUUUGGACUUUUUAACAUAAUUCGACUUCGUCUAAGCGAAGAAAUAUUUAAAAAUGUCGCUGUGGUCUUCAAUAAACCGUCUUGUUUUUAAGCGAACAUCUACGUUUGCUUUAGCGGUUGCAAGCGGUACAUUCUUCUUUGAGAGAACUUUUGAUGUAAUUUCCCAGUCGAUCUUUGAAAACAUAAAUCGUGGGAAACUCUGGAAAGACAUCAAGCACAAAUAUGAAGAAUGAAUGAAAUGCAAGUCAAUAGAAAGUUUAAAUAAUUUAUUAGUUAAUUACAUUAUGUUACAAUAAAUAAAUAUCUAAAUUUAAAA